GUGUUCAGAGCGGAUCAUGCAGACGCGCAUCAGCGACUGAACCGCACAGGCUGCAGAGGAGCUGCGCACAUUCACUGCGCACCUGGCGCUUCAUUUGCGCACAGAAUAGAAGAAGAAAGAGAAAGAGAGAGAGUAGGAAGAUAAAGGAGGAAGAGGAGAAACUUGCCUGCGGAUAUAAUGGAGGAACCCUGGAGAAAUGACCCUGAUGGAGAGGAAAACCUGACGGGGAUGUGAACCGAUCCGCAGACAUCAGUCUAAUCAGCAGUGUUUUCCACCAUGACGCCACGUGAGAUCACCAUCUCAACUCACCUGCUCCUCCAUCACCUCCUCCCCUUCACCCUCUCUCUCCUCCAACCUCCCCACCACCAACCCGUGCACGUGCCCACCCUGGUCCCGCACGCACCGACACCUCUGACCCGCUCGCGCUUCAGCGCCGAGGCCCAGCUGGACUUCACCACCCGCUGCAACUCCAGCUGCUUCCACCGAGCCGAGCUGGAGGAGCAAAUGACGGACAAACUGGCCUUCGAGACGCUGUACGCGGACGGCUUCCGCACCCUCACCACGGUGGAGGUGGAGGAGGAUGAUGAUGAUGGUGAUGAUGAUGCUCUUCACCCGACUCACGCGCCCGCAUGGAGGCGGAGGAGACGAUUGAAGCGCAGGAGGAAGCGGCAGAUCUACGGAGCGGACGGGCGUUUUAACAUCCAGGGUGACGAUUUCCUGAUGGAUUAUCCCUUCUCCACGGCGGUGCGCAUCUCCACCGGAUGCACGGGCGUCCUGGUGUCCCAGCAGCACGUCCUCACCGCGGCCCACUGCGUGCACGACGGGAAGGAUUACGUUCAUGGAGCCCGGAAGUUGAGGGUGGGCUUCCUGAUUCCUCCGUCCGUUAAUGGCACCAAAGCCGGGUUGAUUCCCAACAAGAAGCCGCUGGUCCGCUGGGUUCGGGUGAAGCGCACCCGGGUGCCGAAGGGCUGGAUCCAGGGCCCGCAGGAGGUCAGCAUGGACUUUGACUACGCCCUUUUGGAACUGCGGUGGCCUCACCGGCGCCCCUUCAUGCGGCUCUCUGUAGCGCCCUCUUCGGACGACCUGGCAGGGAACCGCAUCCAUUUCUCCGGGUUCGACAGCGACCGUCCGGGGGAGCUGGUGUACCGGUUCUGUCCGGUGGAGGAGGAGUCGAGCGACCUGAUCUAUCAGCACUGCGACGCGCGGCCCGGGGCCAGCGGCUCCGGGGUGUACGGCCGGGUGUGGGACGACGGCUUGGAGCGCUGGGAGAGGAAGGUGAUCGGGAUUUUCUCUGGACACCAGUGGCUGGAGAUCGACGGAGAGAACCGGGAUUACAACGUGGCUGUCCGCAUCACGCCGCUGAAGUUCGCCCAGAUCUGCUACUGGGUCCACGGGAACCGACUGGACUGCAGGCAGGACUGAGACAACCGAGGUCGAAGCGAAUUAGACAUAAUACAGGGGGACCUUUCCUUUUAGCUACUGCAGAAAACAUCCAUGGGGUGAGGUUAGCAAAGUUACAGUGAAAAUUUAACAGCAAUGUUUUAUUUAGCAUGUUAUAAAAGAAAGAAAAUGAUCUGUUCAUCAUGUCAUUAAAUCAUUUAUAAUUAAAUUAUUGAAGCUAAAUAUUUAGCUUCAAACUAAAUAUUUAGGUAGCAUGCUAACUAUGUAGCUAGCAAGCUACACAUUUAGCUUGAUAGCUAAACGUGUAGCCAAUAAGCUACAUAUUUAGCUUCAAACUGAAUAUUUAACUUGUGAGCUAAAUAUUUUAUUUAAAACAUUUAGUUUUCUCAUAUAAGACUUCAAAUUAAAUAUUUAUCUUGUUAGCUAAAUACUUUGAAGCUAAACAUUUAGCCUUCUAACUAAAUAUUUAGCUUGCUAGCUAAAAAUAUUUAGAUUGCCAACUCAAUAAUUGGCUUAAUACUAAAUAUUUGGCUUGCUAACUAAUAUUUAGUUAAGCUAAACACUCAGCUUCAAGCUAAGUAUAUAGUUAGCUAACUAAAUAUUUAGCUUGCCAACUAAAGUUUUGACUUCAAACUAAAUAGCUUGCUAACUAAAUGCUUAAUUUGAUGUAAAAUAUUUUGUGCGCUAACUAAAUAUUUAGUUUCAAACCAAGUACUUGAAUGAAUAAAGAUACUUUACUAAUCUCAGAGGGAAAUUGGCAAUUUAGUUUGUAAAUUAGCUUGCUGACUACUUAGUAUUGAACUAAGUAUUUAGCUUCAAACUAAGUAGCUAGUAAGUAGUUAGCUAGUAAUUCAGUGUGCUAAUAUUUAGUUUGAAACUGACGUUUAUAAAUGAAGUUACGUUGAAAACAUGAACUCAUUUUUUUCUCUUAAACACAUUUACAGAUUAUUGCUGUUAAUUUUUGACAGUGUAACUUUACAAACGCACCUUAUAAACAUCUGAGUGAAACAGAAAUAUUUCCACAUCAGGGAAAAAUCUACAUUUGGCUCCAUGUUCCCUCGCCUGUGUUUAAUUGGUAACCUCUGCGCCCGUUAAAUAAAUCUGCCAGUGAGAUCACAGCUCUGAUUUUUGCCCGCGGUCAGAUUUAUGUCAAUGUUUCCACAAUAAUAACUGAAAAAAAAAAACACUUUCUCCUGGUGCAGCAGCCGUCCCGCUGUCGAUUGCUGUAAUCUACCGAGGAUAAAUUAUAAUCCCCCUUCCUCUUUCAUCUGCAUCCCGCUUUGGUGAUUUUGGCAAUUCUCCAUUUAUAACACAGACCCUUCUCCGCCCUCCUGCACGCAUUUGAAAAGUAAAUAAACAAUAAAACUGCUUACUAUCAUUUCGGCGGACACUUUAGACUUCUCAUAGUUGACUGAGGACAGAAUGUUAAUUUUAUUUUUUGAGGAAUGCUUGAGAUAUUUUAAUAAACAGAGUUUUAAUUAUU